AUGGAUGACAUCGAGGAGCUCUACGAACAUGAUGUGGCUUAUGUCAAUCGCGUUUGCAUUGACAACAAGAUCAACGUUGGGAAGUGGUAUGAUGUGACUCGCAAUCUGAUGGCCACCAGCAUGGAAGAUCUCUACGAUACCCAGUGCAAGGUGACAGAACUGGAUAUGCAGAAGAAGCCAGCCUUGAGGAUCUUCGCUUGGGAUAUCGAGUGUACCAAGGAGCCCUUGAAGUUCCCGGACUCCGCACGGGAUCGCAUCACGAUGAUCUCCAUCAUGGUGGAUGGCUCAGGCUUCUUGAUUGUCAAUCGCGCAGAAGUCUCUGCAGAUAUCGAGCCGCUGGAAUACACUCCGAAACCUGAGUACGAAGGCAUAUUCCAGACCUACAAUGAGGAAGAUGAGGCUGCUCUACUGAAGCGCUUCUUCCAGCUCAUGCGGGAGACCUGCCCGCAUGUGAUGGUCAGCUUCAACGGGGACUUCUUCGACUACCCCUUUGUCAUUAAUCGCGCCAAGGCUUACAACAUGGAUUGGUGUGAAGAGGCGCCUCUUCUGGCCCGGUGCGGUGCUUUAGCCGGAAGAGUGGAAGGGGAACGGGGAAGACGUGUUUACCUCGCGGUUGCAGCAGCGAUGGCGCGGAUGCCGGGGAUGAGGGGACUGAGAGUGAAACAGGUCCCUGGUUUGCUGAGGGACCUCUACGAGAAGCGUGUGGAGGGGGAGGAUGUGCUUUGUGGAAUCGUCAUCCAUCGGCGAAACUACCCGGAUGUCACCUGGCUCUCCAUUGUGGAAGAGAAGGGGCCUCCGAUCGUUGGGCAUGAAGUCUGCUACAAGGCCGCGCCGCGGGAGCUUUGGCGGACCGUGAAGUUAGGCGAUGCGAUCGAGGUGGUUGGAUGGUGGUCGACUGGUCACCGGGGUGUCCACAUGGAUGCCAAGAGAGUUGUGGUCCAGUGCAUGCGCAAGUGGGGGGUCACCCAUUGCAUUCAGGUCAGGCAGACACUCUUUGCUCCUCAAAGUCAGGAGCCUGCGCAGCGGCCUGCCGCACUGCGAGCCAUCCGAUCCCUCCCGGUCGAUGCGCAUGGACCUUCUGGCAGUGAUGCGGUCAGCGAGCGUGCUGAAGCGGUGGCAGAGUUCUUUCUCAAGGCUGUUCCUAGUCUCCUCUCUCCAUCUUCUCAUGUGUUGGAUGUCGCUGGUGGCACUGGGCUACUGGCCUUGGCCUUGGCACGUCGCGGCGUGCGCUGCACCGUGGUGGACCCGCGGAAGGCGGCUGGGUGCUUGCCUAGCAGGGCCAGGAAAUUGGCCAGGAAGACUGGAUUUAAUGCCUUGAUCCGUGCGCAGCGUGCCUGGUUCGGCGGCCGCCCGGUGGGCGCGGACGACUCCUUCGGCGGGGCCGAGGAUGUGCUGCCGAGCAUCGGCGAGGAGUCCGAGCUCGUGCGCAACUGCUCGGGCUUCGUGGCGUUGCAUCCGGAUGAGGCCACUGAGGCAGUGGUGGAGGCCGCGCUACGACUGCAACGACCUUUUCUGGUGGUGCCCUGUUGUGUUUUCGCUCGACUCUUCCCACAUCGCCGGCUCGCUGAUGGGAGACAGGUGACCAGCCUUCCGGAAUUCCUGGACUUCCUACAGUCCAAGCAUCCAUCCAUUCGUAAGGAACAGUUGCCCUUCGAGGGCGCCAACCAGGCCCUUUGGUCUGACGGGAAAUAUUGCUUCGACUUGCAAAAGAGUGGCGCACGGCAGCAUGCAGAGGAUGGCAACGAGGCGAGGUGGAAACUGCUCACCUUUGCAUCUUGCACCUGCAAAGUCCAGUGCUGGAAGCUUAGCUUCGAUCGGUUCAGACAUGCCUGGAUCGAAGUGCCACUACAGAGCUUGGAUUAUGAGACUGCUGCGAGCAAUGCUAUGCUCUCCUAUGCAGGAAGCGAAAACACAUCAGGUGAAGGCCUUCUUGUGCUUGGCCAGGUGAAGCUGCAUCCAGACUUUGCCAAGAUCUGGCCGUUGGUGGUGCGCUUCUGGUACGGCUUGCCGGUCACUGUGGAGAGCUUCGAGACGGCAGUGGAGCUCCGGAAGAUCGCGCAAUACUAUGAGGCAGACGAGUUGAAGAGCUACACCUCUCAGCUCAUCUUUGGUGCCACUCCCACUGCGCCACGCAUGGCCAUGCUGGUGGACAGCCUCGGCUCCUUGGAUAGAGACUCGGAGUUGCCAGUGGUAGGAAUGAUGAAUUUCCGAGGCUUUGAGGAAGACUUGAUGGAGCGCGCUUGGGCAUACCUGGAGGCGUUUUGCUUGUCACGGAACAUGAAGAACAACGGAACGCUGAGCCUGAAAGGAUAUGCAGCCCGAUGGCUCUGCCGCUCCGCACCUCUUCGACCCGCCAUGGCCGGACACAACGUCACGCUGCGCUCCGCGACCUCCGGCGCCACGGUGGGCGCCUGGGACUUCGAAGCGCUCGUGGGUGCGCAGGAGCCGUGGCUCACGGUGAGGAAGUUGAAGCAAACGAUGGCGAUGGGUGGAGGAUAUCCUCGGUUCAGACAAAGGCUCUUGAACCAGACGGGUGAGCUGCUAUCGGAUGAUGUCGUUCUGAGUCCGCCGGUGGAUUUGCAGCUGGUGAUUCUGGAGUGUUUGCCUGCUGAAACUCAGCAAGAUACCGCCUUCAUCAAGGCCUGUGCCGAGAAUCACAUUGAGGAAGUGGAACGCAUGCUGCAGUGGCCCCAAAAUCCCAAUGCGACUGAAGAGCAAGGUGGCUAUACAGCUUUACAUGCUGCAUCACAAGAAGGCAUGGUGCAGAGUGUGUGCUUGCUGCUGGAAGCCAGAGCAGAUGUAGGCUUGACCACCAGAGGUGGCGCUUCACCUUUGCACUUGGCCGCUAUGAAUGGUCAAUUGCCAGUGGUUGAGCUGCUCCUCAGCUCGAAGGCUGCUUUGGACGCUGACCGGACCGAGGAUGGCGCCACCCCGCUGCAUGCGGCUGCGCACGAGGGGCACCUGGAAGUGGUGAGGCUCUUGCUUCGGGAGUGGAGUGACAAAGAUAUGGCGAUGAGCAGUGGCGCAACGCCUUUACACCUGGCCACACAAAAUGAUCACUUGGAAGUGGUGCGGCUUUUGAUCCAGUUGGGGGCGGACAUGGACCGUGCAGGUGGGGAGACAGGCACCACGCCCUUGCAUGCAGCAGCCUUCAAGGGCCAUUUGGAAGUCACUCACCUUCUACUGGAACUGCAAGCGCAAGUCGACAAGGCCAGGAGCGACGACGGCGCCACGGCCUUGGUCUUUGCGGCACAAAAUGGACAUCUGGAGAUCACGCGCUUGUUACUUGCUGCAGGCGCUGACAAGGACAAAGCCAGGACAGAUGAUGGCACUUCUCCAUUGCAUGCUGCGGCGUAUGAAGGCCACCUAGAGAUUGUGGGCCUAUUGCUGCAAGCGGGUGCUGACAAAGACAAGACAAUGACCGAUGAUGGUGCAACCGCUUUACAUUUGGCAGCUCAGAAUGGCCACUUGGAAGUUGCCCGCCUUUUGCUGGAAUCAGGAGCUCAAAAGGACAAAGCUCGAACAGAUGACGGCACCAUCCCUUUGCAUGCCUGCGCAUAUGAAGGCUAUUUGGAGCUGGUUCGUUUGUUGCUGCAAGCAGGGUCGGACAAGGAUGCCCCCAUGACUGAUGAUGGCGCAACACCUUUGUACUUGGCAGCUCAGAAGGGUCAGUCGGAAGUGGUAAAGCUGCUGCUCGAAGCUGGUGCAGAGGUGAACCGUGCAGAUGACGAUGGCAUGACGCCCCUGCAUGCCUCAGCCUCUGAGGGCCAGCUGGAAGUGGUGCAGGUCUUGUUGAACUUCGGCGCUUGUGGAACUCGUGCACGGAAGGAUGGGGUUACAGCCUCCCAACUGGCAGCUGAGAACGGCCAUUUGGAUAUUGCUCAUUUGCUGGAGUCCUUUCAAAGCUUCAAGAGGAUGCGAGUGGAAACGUUGGUGUGA